CCAAGUUACGUUAAUUUAUAAAUAAUUAAAUAAUAAAUAUUAUAAAAUUAUUAUUGACAAUGCAUAGGUAUAGGACAUUAACUUUGUUGGUGGCAGCAUUGUGCUAAACAGUUCCCACCCGUACCUGGUUUUUUUUGGAGAAAAAAAAAAAAAAAAAGGACAUUAACUUUGUAUUAAUCUAUGUAUUUUCACAUUGUAGUCAUUGAAUUGCAAAAAAAGUGGAAAAACUUGCGAGACACAUACAAAAAAAAAUGUAUUACAAAGUCUGGCCAGGCAGCUAAUAAAAAAAAAAAAUACGUAUUCUCGGAAAUUUUAAAGUUCUUGCGACCAACAAUGGAAAAUAGAAAAACAGAAGGAAAUUUUAACCACGAAAGUGACGAAGAGGAGACUGAGGACGAACAAGGCAAAGACAAUUUGCAAACAGUGGAGGAGGAUUUAAUUGAAGGGAAUUGUGUCAAUGAUGAAAUCACUAAUUCAAAUCCUGUUUUGGAAACAUCCAUGACAUCUACAACAGUAAACAAAAAUGUAAAACCUAUGCCGAAACGUACGAAACCAUCAAAAAAAAUUAACUUUGAGGAUGAGUUACUAAAGUCUCUUAGGAGUGAAAAUGAAGCCACUGACCCAGACAAAUUAUUUCUAAUGUCCCUUUUGCCUCAAAUGAAAUCUAUCAGUGAGGAUAAAAAGCCAAUGCUCUACAUUGAAUUAAUAAAUGCUAUACAAAGGGUAAAAAAUCCUACUCUUGAUAAUACAUCAAUGUAUCGUCAAGUAUAUAAUCAGAGCUAUUUUCCACUCGGAGGAUAUUCGCAGACAGUAUCUGGACCAACAAUGUACUCUUAACCUGCAGUAAUACAUUCUAGUCUUCCUACUUAUAAUCAUGAGUCACUGCAGCCAUCUUUUUCAGAUAGUUCUAUUAAUUUACAUUAAGUAGGUAUAACUAAAUGUAUCAGAAGUUUUAUAAUUUACAACAUAUUUCACAGGAC